AACCGGUAGUUAUGUUUGACGGAAAAAAGAUGGCGACAUUGUUGUUGUUCAACUGCUUGACAUGACUUUUUAAUGGCGCUAUUGUGUAAUGGAGAGGCGAUCCCGGCUCUUUGUUUCUAGAUCCCAGUCCUGGAGCUAAACUGAGCGUCAAGAAGCAGCUGGAAGAGAUCCGGAGCGCUGGGACUGUUUACAGUCCGGGUAUGUAACAGAUCCCUCCGCGGCGCUGUCUGGCUGCUCAUCAGGAGGAAACACCAGGACCGGAGGGGGUCCUGCUGGGGUUCUGCCGAGGUUGACCGGAUGUAGAGCUGCCGAGAGUCUGCAGCAUCUCCUCUCUUCCGGUGAUGGAGCUGUCUCAGAGGGAGAGACUUUCACAGCUGGUGGAAGAGCUGAGCACAUCUGGACAGCCGCAGCUUGACCAGCAGAAGGUGAAGGAGCUGAAGAAGAUCUGCAGAGUGUCCAGUGACUGCAUAGACCACGUGUACCAUUCGGUCAUGUCCCAGCUGAGCCAAGACCACGCUGAGAUCCGCCUGUCCGCCUUCCAGAUAGCCAGCGAGCUCUUUGGCAGAUCGCAUCACUUCCGGACGCUGCUGGUGGACAACUUCCAGGAGUUCCUGGAGCUGACGGUGGAGACGGACGUGGAGCAGCCCCUCCCUCCUCCUAAAGAGGUUGCCAGGAAGCUGAGGUCGCUGGCCAUCCAGACCAUCCAGUCCUGGCAAAGCUCCUACGGCUCGGCCUAUAAGAAGCUGGACCUGGGCUACCACUUCCUGCGGCAGGUUAAGAAGGUGGACUUCCAGGAUGCUGAGGCUAGGACGGUCUCAGAGAGGAGGCGGGAGGAGGAGAGGCAGAGGAGGAUGGAGCGCAUCUACAAAGCCAGAGUGGAGGCAGCAGCCAAAGACAUGGAAGAGUCGUACCAGGACAUGGAGGCGGCGCUGACUGAGAUGGAGUCCUGCAUGAAGCUGCUGUUCCCCGACUUUGGCCUCAGCGAUCUCCACACGGUCAGCGGCCGGCCUGCCGGGGACGAGGAACCCUGCUGCAGCUCUGGGCUGAACCGCCAGGACCCGGACGGCCGGAGCCACGCUGAGAGGAGCGGCGCUGAGCAGGACCACAGAGACAAGAGGAGCGGAGGUGAGAGGGAGGAGGAUCAGGGAGGAGCCGCGGGGGAGGAAGAGGAAGGAGGCACGAAGGCAGAGAUGGAGGAAGAUGCAGAGCGAGCCGAGGAAAGUAGUGAAGAGGAGGAUGACGAGGACUCGUUCAUCAGGAACUCUGGGCUCAUCUCUCACACCUACAGCCUGGACGUCAGCCUCAGUCCUGUUCUUCGUGUGAAGGAGACGGAGGACAACGAGGCGGUGGUCUCCACCGUGAUGGAGCUCCACAGACUGAUCAGCACCAAACACCUCCCCGCGGUGCAAGGCUGGGUGCAGGUCUUCACCAAGUCCCACGCCGAGCCGCAGCUGCUGAGGAGGGCGCUGAGCCUGAGGAGGUCCCUGGAAGCUGCGCUGCAGAAACACCAGGAGCUCCACAUCGACUGCAAGACCAGAGUCCGCAGAGUGAUGAAGGCGAGCUCAGAUGGCGAGGAAGAGGACGAUGACGACGAGUUUGAAGAGGUUCCAGAAAAAGAAGGCUAUGAGCCCCACAUUCCUGAGCAUCUACGAGCCGAGUACGGUCUGGAUCCCUCACCUUCCACAUCAACUGCAGCGCUCACACCGAAAAAGGCCCCCGCCAGCAGACCCCCAGCACCCCCUCUUCCCUCCACCUCGUCUUCCUCCUCCAGGCAGCUGAAGAGGCUUAUAGAGGAAGAGCAGGAUCCAACUUGUGCAGCUGCCACACUGCGUGUCCUCAGACAGAAGAUCCCCCUUCUUGCAGAAUCCAGCAGCAGCAGCAGCACUGCUGGCCCUGCUUCAUCUCAGUCAGGCUCUGAGCAGAAGGCCGCUGAAGCUCCAGUUGUUCCUUUUGGUCUGGACCUGUACUACUGGGGCCAGGAGCAGCCCAACGCUGGCAAGAUCAUCAAGUCAGCCUCUCAGCAUCAGUUCUGGGUUCCUGCAGAGGUGGAGGAGGAGGUGGAGAACCAGGAUCUGUUGGCGCAGAGUAAGAGCAGAUUCAUCUCCUUCCCUGGGAGCUUUGUGCCCGUCAGCCACUUCUGCAGAGCCCCGCUGGGAAACGGCACGCUCUGUCAGCGGCAGGACCGCGUCAAGUGCCCUUUCCAUGGCCCGAUCAUCCCCCGCGACCAGGAGGGCCGACCGUGCCGAGAGGAGGACCGGCGAAGGGAGGAGCAGGAGGAAAGGAGGAAGAGGGAGCAGGAACCCGACUGGCGCGAUGGAGAUUUGAUGCGUGACAUUGAAGCGGCGACCGGAGAGGACCUGGGCUCCAGUCGGGUGGGAGGCAAAAAACGGAAGGGGAAGAAGAAGAAGUACCCCAACCUCAGUGAUCUGAAGCAGAGCAGCAACACGUCGCGCUCCAGACUGGAGAAAAAAGUCUUCAACAAGAGCACCAUGCGCAGAGUGGCCCAGGUGUUGAGUAAAGCCGACAGCAGGAAGCACGACAAGUUCUCCAACCAGUUUAACUACGCCCUCAACUGACCGCCAUCCAGCUACCGUCACAGCCACAGUCAGCAUAACGCCGGGGUUCUGUGUCUCACUCCUCCAUCCUGAACAGCCUCUUUCUAAAGGAUCAGGCAUUAUUUCUACAUAUUUAUUGAAACUGAGUCAGAGUUUGUAAUGCCAUGUGUGUGUCUAUGUGCAGGGAUCUCUGAGUGAAGGAGCCAUCACAAAAUUGAUGUUUUUGGGGGGAUUGUCAGUAAGUAGCUGUGAUAGUUUGGUGUCCAUUAGCCUGCUAACAGGAAGCUCAUAAUGGGCUGUAUGGGCCAGUGUAAUAUUCGCAUUGUGUAAAAAUAAGCACGGUUUGAUUGUAUCACAGACUUUUUUUUAAAAUGUAUGACAUGAUCCAUUUCCACUUCUUGACUGUCAUUGUUUCACGGUACCUUCCCAAACAUCUGAAUUGGCCGUGAGCAGCCAGCUGACCAGCAGUGGGCUCUCCCUUACGUUUAAGGGAAGGACGUCUUCCUGCAGACGAAGAUCAUUUCUGUUAAACGGACAGAGUUGAGUCUUCCGUAAUGUUUGUAGAACCCUGUCUUUCUUCUGUAGCCAGCCUGAUUUCAACUCUUUUCUACUCUUGCUAAUGUGUUGGCUGAUCUCUGUGUUAUGGGGUUUAGUACAUGGGCCGGGUUUAGGACUGCUGUGUGUAUUAAAAUGAUUUGUACUGGAA